AUGUCGAAAGAGCUUCCUCAUGGCAAUUCAUCUCGCAAAAUAGUAGAGACGAUAUUCAAAUCAAGCUGGUUCAAGCCUCAAAUGAAGAAUGUGAAAGUUGAAAGAGUUGUCAAGAUAAAUCACAGAGAAGAUAUUCUAUGCAGAUUUGAAGAAUACAGAGAAAUGACCAAGAGAAAAGCUGGUAAGGAAUGUAGCCGUUGUAUGGCUGAUGGGAAUGAAAUGCUGAGAUUUCAUGGCUUCUCCAUCAUGUGUUCUCUGAAUGUUAUCAAUGGAGUAGUGGAGCUUUGUUCAUUAAAGGGUUGCAAUGUCUGCAAAAUUCUUAGAACUCUGUUCUACUACAAGCGUAGAACAAGUUUAAGUGUUUUAUACACUACAGCUAGUAGUAGACUAGCUCAUGAUUGUAUUCAUAUCCACAGUCAUGAUGAUGCAGGUUCCACCAUUGCUGUGAAAAGGAGGGUUAUGCUGGUUUGUAGAGUGAUAGCAGGGCACUUACAUAACCAAGAGUCAUGUUGGAUGCAGGUGGGGAUUUAUUCACAUUGUAUGACAGAAGAAGCAUAUUAUUCAAAUGUUAGAGCUUUUCUGCCCCGCUUUCUCAUUGUAUAUUCCCUUAGAGAGUGA